AAAGGAACAUAUUCCAACGACAGAUUCCAUCUUUUGUUUACGCUUUUGAAAGAGGGAAAUUAAAAAUCUUUUCUCUUUCUUUAUGAAAUCGCACGCGUUUGGAUCAAACACUAUCUCUGAUUUUAAAAAGCUUAUAAAGAAAGAUGGAUGAUGAUUGUGUGAAAUGUGAGAAUUCGGGAGUUUCUUCGGAUACGGCUGAGAAUUGCUGUUUUGGAGGUGAAGAUGGGAAUCGAGCGUCAUCAAAGGAAGGCAAGGGGAAGAGAUGGUGGAAGAAAGUGAAAUAUCAGCUCGUUGAAUACCAUUCGUUGCCUGGUUAUUUGCGGGACAAUGAGUUUAUAGUCGGUCACUAUCGAUCAGAGUGGCCACUUAAACAGAUCUUCUUCAGCAUCUUCACCAUUCAUAAUGAGACUCUCAACGUCUGGACGCAUUUGAUCGGAUUCUUCAUUUUUCUUGCACUGACAAUAUACACUGCAAUGAAAGUCCCAAAGGUUGUGGAUCUCCAUUCUCUGCAGCAUUUGCCGGAUGUGCUGAAAAGGGCCGAUCUGCACAAGAUGCAGGAACUCAUGACGUGCUUACCUUCCAUGCCAAGCAUGUCUGAUCUGCAAAGGCUUCGAGACGAGUUGAAGAUGUCGUUGCCUAGUUGGCAUGUUCUUGAACUUCUCACAAACUGUUUACCCGGGAGAUUUUCCCAUGCCAACCACACUGACGUAUGCGUUCUGCGGAGUGUGAAAGAAGAUGUGGCGAACAUGAUAGCCCCACUACUGUUACGGCCCAUUACCCGCUGGCCCUUCUUUGCCUUCCUAGGCGGGGCCAUGUUCUGCCUCCUCUCCAGCAGCACGUGCCACCUCCUCUCCUGCCACUCCGAGCGCUUUGCCUACAUCAUGCUCCGCCUCGACUAUGCCGGCAUUGCCGCCCUCAUCUCGACAUCCUUCUACCCACCUGUCUACUAUUCCUUCAUGUGCAACCCUUUCUUUUGCAACCUCUACUUGAGCUUCAUCACUCUGUUGGGCAUCGCCACUGUCCUUUUCUCUCUGAUGCCUGCCUUCCAGAACCCCGAGUACCGGACCUUGCGGGCCUGCCUCUUCUUUGGCAUGGGCGUAUCUGGUGUGGCCCCCAUACUCCACAAGCUGAUCAUGUUCUGGCACCAGCCGGUGGCCCUCCACACGACUGGUUAUGAGAUGCUGAUGGGCACUUUCUAUGGGCUGGGGGCGCUGGUAUACGCAAUGAGGAUCCCAGAGCGGUGGAUGCCGGGGAAGUUUGACAUAGCGGGCCACAGCCACCAGCUGUUCCAUGUGCUGGUUGUCGCUGGUGCAUACACGCACUACCGUGCGGGGCUGGUGUACCUUAAGUGGCGGGAUUUGGAAGGGUGUUAAGAUAAAAUCUAUGAUGGGAAGUGUAGAGAAUGUUAAUUCUCAACUGUAAAACAGAAUGGAAGGCCAAUCAGAUGCUGUCAUUGCUCAUCUGGGCUUGUGCCAUUCUAGACUUGAAAUAAGCUGUUGGGGUGGUGGGCCACCUGCAAUGAUUCCUCAUCAUUGUAGCCUGAUAUUUUAGCUGCUUGGGCAGCCCGUGAUUAUGUAAUUGGAUAAUCAUGUGGAUGGAUGUUAUUUCUUUAGUAGGAAAACCAUGUCUCAAAUCAUGUAGA